CAACGCUGCCGCUGCUGGUUUGGGUGCAGGUGAUUGCAGCUCAAUUGCUGCUGCGCUGAGGGCGUGCUCAGCUUAGGUGACUUUCGCCCUGAGUGGAUGUACUUCGGAGAUACGAACGGACUUCGAAUCACUAUGAGUUUGGAUUACAAUGACCGGAGUUAGACGACAACAAAUGCAAACGAUGCUAUGUUGCCGCCGGACUUGUGGAUGAGCAGACAACGACAAGUGGACCCCCUGCAGUUUCCCGGAUUUCACUCGGUUCCUCCAAGUACAACGGUGCACAGGGGGAUAAUCAAAUGGUUCAGUCUGCGCAGACGCUUCGGUUUCAUUUUUGACGCACAGUCCGGAGAAGAGAUCUUUUUCCAUCAGUCCAAUACAAUCGUAGAAACUGUUGAACAACUAACGCCUCGGGCACCAGUGUAUUACAUGGUGCGCAUUACUUCCAGGGGGCCAGAAGCCUACAAUAUUUCUCCUGCGAGCGACUAUCGCGACCCUCUUCUUCGUGCACAGGCAGGUUCAAGUUGGCCUGGUCCUACGGGGCGAGGAGCCUUAGAACCGUUUGGCAGAACGGAAUAUCCUGCAACAUUUCGCCCGUCGAUUUUUCAGAUGCCAAGCAGAGUCAGACUAGAGAGGCGAUCCAUUCGUCGCUUUCGCUGCUACAAUUGUGGUCAGUAUGCUUCCCACAAGGCUAUAUUUUGUCCCAUGCAGCCUAUGCGGAGAUGCUGCUAUCGAUGCAGAAGUUCUACGCAUCUCCUAGCGGAUUGUCCCUUUCGGCAUUAUGCAAUCCCACCAACCGAGGUGGAGCCCUCUUCACAGAUGACUCAGUCAGAUUUUGGACCCCGCGGUUCUGUGCUACGAAGGAUAUAACAUCGGUUCUUACCAACGAGCUGUGAAGCGCUGUUCAAACAUCUGGUCAUCCUAAUCCGUCUACCCCAUUUCGCAUGCAAUGAAAUGAGCCCUGUAUACACGUACUUCAUCUCACACAAUGCACCCCGAAAUGGCAAUGAUCUGAAUUGACAGUAUUAGCCAGUAAUCAAGAGCAAGUGUAAUAGGGGCUUUUGCACAUUUAUUCUAAGCUUGGAUAUGAUGAUAUUUUAAUUAGCACAUUUUACUGCGGUUUAUUUGAAGAUACAAGCAUUUUAUCAAAAGGAAACUACCAGUGUUAUUUGGGCGAGAUUCGAACCUCAUGGAACUGAAGAUAAUGAAUACUUGAGAAAAUAAACUUCCUGCAAAUCUAGCAGGAAACAACUGAUAGCAUUUUUACUUGGAUACAU